AUGCAACGCCUAAACUCUACUAAAAAAACAUGGAUGAUGUUAAACAUGCUGUUUGGGGCAAAUUACACACUAUAUAUCAUACUUCACCUGAUCAGGAUCCCGAUAUAUCCGCUGCCAAACUUUGUCAACAUUUUGUGCUUGAUAUCGUCAUACUCAAUCUCCCUGCUCCCACACUUUUCGUCUAUAGGAGAGAUCUUGUCCCAGCCAAACAUCUACUGCAUCAUGGUGUUCCUCACAUUUCCCCACGAGAUUCUUCUUCUCCCAUUUUAUCUCUUGUCGAUAUAUCAUCUUAGCUCUUUUGUGUUGUCUAACAAAAAGAUUUUCGAAAGAACAGGCAUAUAUCCAGUAUGUGUUUCUCUAUCCGCAUACCAUAUUUCCCUUGGAAGAUUGGCCCUAUUCACAGAGGCACUUGCUGUCCCCCUUUCCUUUCUAAUGAUAUUUCUUAGGAAGUCAAGCCUCGUUACCUUCACAACGUUUAUUGCUAUGGUGAGGCAGCAGUACUUUAAUAAUCCAUCGAUGAGGAGUGUCUUUGGCGAGAUGCGCGUGUCCUUGGACAGGUGGAUUCUUAACUGCCCACGCGAUGUACAAGAGUAUUAUCGAAAGGGACGGGACUUUCUAGUUUCAACCCAUUCAGCCAAGAAGUUAAAUUAA